AAUAAAUAGUCAGUUCAUAAAUUAAAAGAUCCGAAGAAUCAAAUCUCAAAUUCUCGCGAGUCGUGAAAUAUAAUCAUGAAUUUUUUAUUUCUCUCCAUGUUUCUCAUCAGUCUCUCAAUUUGUCUAAAUUCACAAAAAACAUUUCUCGAUUCCAACGAGAAUAUUCGAUUAUACCGUCAAUUUAAAUAUUGGACUUUAAGAAUUUUUGAAAAAAUGGGCGUCAAAGAAGAAAUGCGUCGGGAAGCGAAGAAGACCCAAAGAACUCAAGAUCCUGUCUCUAAAGAUGUACCAUUUCCUUGUAAAUUAGAAGGUACUAGAUCAUUAGAUGUGCCAAUUAGUGUUCACAAACUAAGACCCGGAGAUAUUGAUAUUUAUGCAGCAUUAGGGGACUCAUUGACUGCUGGAUCAGGCGCCUUGGGAACAAAAUUAUAUCACUUAUUAACUGACAAUAGAGGUGUUUCAUUUCUCGGCGGAGGUGAAAAAACAUGGCGUGAAUAUCUCACAGUUGCUAAUAUUCUGAAGGAAUUCAAUCCUAAAUUAUUCGGCUACUCUAAAACUGAUUCCAUGACAUUUGAAGAGUCAGCAGAAUUUAAUCUUGCAACUAUGGGAGCUACAAUUGACGAUUUACCAUUCAUGGCACAAUCAUUAGUGGAAUUAAUGAAAAACGAUUCGAGAGUGGAUAUGAAAAAUCACUGGAAGUUCAUUUCAAUCAUGAUGGGAGCUAAUGAUUUUUGCUCUGAAAUGUGUUACUUGGAAGAACCAUCACUGGAAAUUGAAUAUCACGAGAGCAAUCUUACCGCAGCUUUGAGAAUACUUCGAGAUAAUUUACCGCGAACAUUUGUAGCACUAGUCCCUCCUCCGCAUAUACGGUCCAUAAUGGACAUUGAUAAUAGACUACCGUAUUGCGAAUUAGUUCUCGAAAUCGAGUGUCCAUGCUUUUUUGGACCCAUGGCGAAGAGGCAAAAUCAAAAAGAAUUAUUUGACAUUAUGACUCGAGUUCAAUUAUUAGAAGGAAAAAUUGCAAAUCGAGAGGAAUUUCAACGAGAUGAUUUUGCAGUUGUUCAUCAACCCUUCACUGUCAAUUUAACAUUUCAAGUUAUAAAUGACGAUGACAAUGUACACCGAACUCAUUUGGCACCCGAUUGUUUUCACAUCAGUCAAAAGACGAAUGCUCGAAGUGCUAACGCUGUUUGGAAUUUAUUGUUAAUGCCAGUAGGUCAAAAAUUUGCAGUAUGGGAAGAUCCUUUUAAACGCUUUAAUUGCCCCACUUCAACAAGACCCUAUAUUUAUACAUCACAAAACAGCAAUAAAGCAGACCAGCGAUAAAGCAACACUGUAUUCAAUUUUUUUUUUCAUUUAUUAAU